UUUCAACAAGUGCUACAAGUCGUUGCGCUAAAACAUAGUAGUUGGCCAAACCUUGUGUCUCCUUACAAAAACCUUGUCCCUCGUCCCUCUCUCGCACACAAAUGGCCGCCAUGAUUUCACGCAGGUUUAGCUCUAGGCUUCUAAAAACACCUCAUUUAUUCUCAUCAUCCUCCACUUCCCUCAUCUCUGCCAAAACACUUUCCAACCCAAGCUUCAACCUUAUUGAAUUUCAAGCCCCAAUACAGCCAAACCCCCAAAGUUCCAAUCUUGGUUCCAUUGGAUCAUGGUCAAGCUCUGCUACCAAUUUCAAAAACCCUGGUCUUUAUUGGUCACCAAAUGAAAAACCCAGAAAUAUUUCAGCCUAUAAUUCAUUGAUACACACUGGGAAACUCCUAAACCCUGUUAAAAACCCUCAAAGUUUCAAGCUUGAUUGGUUUCAUGGAGGAAAACCCAGAUUUUAUUCAACCUCUGAACCAUCCUCAGAAUCUGAGAAACCCCAAAAGCCUAGUGAAUACCCAAGUCAAAACCCGGAUUUCAAGCACCAAGAAAUUGAGGGACCAACAGUGGAGCGUGACCAAUCUGCUUUAGCCAAUGAGACCCGAGAAGUUCUAGAAGGGACGAUGAAGACCAUCUAUAGUUUGAGUAAAGCUGUGGCUUUUCUGGGUCUGGUUCAGCUUGGCCUUGGAGCUUGGAUUGCUUAUAUCACUAAGUCUUCGCCUAUUCCUGAGGUUUCAAUGAUGAGUGCUGUGGCAUUUGGGUUUCCAUUCUCUUUGGCCUUCAUGUUGAGGCAAUCAUUGAAGCCAAUGUACUUCUUUAAGAAGAUGGAGGAGCUAGGUAGGUUACAGAUUUUGACUCUGACUCUCCAGGUUGCUAAGAAUUUGAAUACAUUAUUUGUUCGAGUUCGCGGAAUUUCCUUCAUUUGUAUUGCUGGCUUGUCAGUUGGAUUAUUGUUCACUCUUCUGUCAAGAUGAGUUAGCUUUUUUUAAAAGAUUAGUUUACUAAUGAUAUAAAGUUAUACAUUGGUUUUCCAUUGAGUUGGAUUUUCAUGUAUUAAUGUUUGAUUCUCCUUGGAUGGCAUAUGUUUUUCUUUCAUUAUAUAAAAUGACCAUUUUGGCUGAAAA